AUGGUUACUCUCACCGAGGUCGAGGAUGAGCACUUCCAGAGCACCCAAGCUGGUCCCGACGUUGACGACGAAGACUUUACCGACACAGACUCUGAGAUCUCUAACGAGUCUGAUUUCGAUCCAACGAGCGAGACGCUCGCCGAACGGCUAUACGCCCUCCGCGACAUCAUCCCCCCAACCACCAGAGGCUGGGUCUCGAGCCGGGUCAGCUCCAUCUCCAGCAAGGCCUGGAACGUGCUCUCAUUUGGCGGCAAGGGUGCUUGGGUCAUCACCACCUCGGCCCUGUUCUUCGGCGUUCCCUUUGCCCUCUCCUUCGCCGAGGACCAGCAACUCACUGCCAUGGAGCAGGAGUACAACAUGCGGCAGACGGGAAGCGAGCUCCUGACUGCUGGAUCAGAGCAGGGCACCGCUGAAAGGGUGGGCGCUGCGCUGGGCGAAAGCAAGGCGCAGCCCGAGCUAUGA